CAUGGCUGCAGCCAGCAGAGAAUCUUUUAUCACUAUGGAGACACCCUCACCCACCACGCUGUGGCAUACGCCGGUGCCGUACUUAUUCGGCGCCCUCGCCGCCGUUUCAAGUCUUAUUGCCAUUGCCCUCUUGAUCAUUGCCUGCUCAUAUUGCUGGAACGUUUCUGCAUCUGUAUUGAACGGCCACGCCGGUGCUGCUCGAGCCGCCGACAUGGAGUCUGCUCGUGGCAAGGGCGGAGAUGGCCGGAAUCCGCCGCCACCCACGGUGUUUCAGGACAAGAUGUUGGUAAUAAUGGCGGGAGAAGUUAACCCAAGUUUCAUAGCCACUCCCAUGUCGCUGGGUUUAGAUUGUAGUAAAGUUACGUGCAGCCGUGAAAUGAAGGCCACGGCGGCGGAGCAUGGUGGUGCUGAUCAGUUGCCGAUGGGUCUCACAAGCUCGUUGUUUUCUUUGGGGUAA